GUAGAAAUCAUGAGAUGACAGACGUAUCAGAAAUGAGAAGCCAGAUUAGCAAUUAAACUGUGUCUGAAAAGUCUCAUCUCUCUCUAAUCUAUAACCAGGGGGGGAGAGAGAGAUAAAGAAUGGAUAGUGUGUUUUCAGUAGACGACAUUAGCGACCAGUUAUGGUCAUCGCCGCCACCAACGAUGAAUAGGAGCUCAUCAGAGUGGGCUUUUCAGCGUUUCCUUCAAGAGGCCACCACAGAUACUACUACUACUACUUGCUCUUCUUCUUCACAGCAGCAGCAGAUCAAGGAUCAGACGGUUAAUAUAAUUGGUGAUGAUCAAUCGAAGCCGUCUAUGUUGUCUAUUACGACAUCGCUUGUUGGGUCUGAACAACCUCCACCCGGUUUUCCGGUUGGUUCUGAUGAGUAUCAGGCUUUCCUUAAAAGACGCCUCGAUUUGGCUUGUGCUGCCUUCGCUUUGACUCGUGCAAGCGGUGUAAAAUCUCAAGAUUCGGCUUCUUUGCCACCCGAAAAAGGAUCACUGGCAGCUAAUGCAUCACUCUCUGGAUCUCAGGUUCCUCUCAAAGGAUCUGGACAAGAAUUGGCAAAAGUUCAAGACAAGGAUGUUGGUGAGCCAGUUGGAAUACCACCCUUGCCUGCAGUGCAGAAGAAACCUGGUAUCCAGGUAAGGUCAACAACAAGCGGUUCAUCGGGGGAGCAAUCAGAUGAUGAUGAAGCUGAAGGAGAAGCAGAAACAACUCUAUCUACGGAUCCAACUGAUGUGAAACGUGUGAGGAGAAUGCUAUCCAAUAGAGAAUCAGCUAGACGCUCGAGAAGAAGAAAGCAGGCCCAUCUGACAGAAUUGGAGACACAGGUCUCUAAAGUAAGAGGAGAAAACUCCUCUUUAUUGAAACGCUUGACUGACAUAAGCCAGAAAUACAAUGAAGCAGCAGUUGACAAUAGAGUAUUGAAAGCAGAUGUUGAGACAUUGAGAGCAAAGGUGAAGAUGGCUGAAGAAACUGUUAAAAGAGUUACUGGGUUGAAUCCGCUAUUCCAAGCUAUGUCUGAGAUAUCGACAAUAAUGAUGCCAUCUUUCACUGGUAGUCCUUUCGACUCAUCAGCAGAUGCUGCUGUUCCUGAACAAGAUGACCUGAAACAUCACUACUAUCCAGCGCCAGAAAAUAGUCAUAUGCCCAACCAUGAUUCUAGAAUGCAAAAUGGUAUGUUAGAUAUUCCUCCUAUAGGAAAUGUACAUCAGAACUCUGCAACAGAAGCAAUCGACGCCAACAAGAUUGGCAGAACGUCUUCAAUGCAGCGAGUGGCUAGCUUGGAGCAUCUGCAGAAGCGCAUCCGUGGAGAAGCAAGUAGUUGUGGAACCCAAAGCAGGGGAGAGCAAUAGAGGGACUUAAUGAGAAGAAAUGUAAACACCUGCAAGGAAUAUUUCACAGAUAUCUGUAAAUCAUACAUAUCACAUUACUUUAAGAUAACAUAUCUUCUUAGCUUAUCGGGUCUAUCUGAAGCAACAAAAGAAGAGAAAAAAAAGAGGCAAAGACUAUUCUGUGUACCAGUGCCUUUUGGAUUAAGACUGUUUUGUCAAUUUAAUUAUCUGUUGCUGGCCUA